AAGCAAUGUUCGAAUUCCUUUCCGGCCGGGGCCCACACUGCCCAACAGUAGGAUUUGCCAAGUAAUCUGAAAGGCAUUUUAGGCAGGACGGAUCGUGCAAUCCACGAAGUUGUUGUGUGUACGCAGCGAAGUGAUUUUACAUUCUGCAUUGGUACGAAUAACUGUUCAAAAACGCGGUUUGACACCAUUUUUGGCGCGAGAAUUCGAGCGUAGUAAUGGCGUCUAAAUCGAAUGUCCGUGUCGCUGUCGCAGUGAGACCGUUAAGAGAGAGCGAACAGGAAAAUGGCGACGAAUGUGUGGUAUGGACACAAGACGAUGAAAUUCGGGUGCUAAAUCCAGAUAGUGGCAAAGAGAAACUGUUUAAAUUUGAUCAUACGUUUUGUAAUUCGCCGACAGAGCAUACCGAACCACAGGAGAAGAUUUUGGAAGAUGUUGGCGAGUUUCUUCUCUCAUCCUGUUUUAAUGGCUAUAACACUUGUGUGUUCAGCUAUGGAGCAUGUGGUAGUGGUAAAAGUUUCAUCAUGUAUGGCUCUGAUAAAGUUCAAGGCCUUACUCCUUGGAUUUGCCAAAGUCUCUUCAAGAAAGCUUCAGAUUACAAAGAUGACACAUCAUUCAGGGCGGAAGUAAGUUUUCUUGAAAUACACAAAGAAUUUGUGAAGGAUUUGUUAGGGAGAAGAAGAAACUGGCAAGACUCCUUGAGAGUGCGAGAACAUCGUGAACUGGGAGUUUAUGUGGACAAGUUGACUAAACACAUAGUUACAGAUGUUAAUGAAGCACUGGGGUUGAUUGAUAAAGGAAAGAAAAAUAGGUCAAUAUGUUCAAGGUCUUCCAACUCCUUUACCAGUAGUUCGCAUACAAUUUUCACCUUGAGGUUUACACAGGCUCGUUUAGAAGAUGGCUUGCCCUGUGAAAUGGUCAGUGUGAUUCAACUUGUUGACUUAGCUGGCAGUAAGAGCAUACAUGAUGAGUGUGCUGAUAACUGUUUUACUGCUGCUGAUGCGGACAAGUCUCUGAUGACGCUGGAAAGAGUCAUAUCAUCAUUGGCAUGCCAAGACUCCGAGUCUUCUAACAGUGCUACCGUCCCAUACAAGGAUUCUGCUCUGACAUGGAUUUUAAAAGACUGUUUUGGGGGAAAUUGCCAGACUGUCAUGCUAGCAGCGGUUUCUCCCGCAGCUUCGUCCCACAAUGAGACUCUUAAUACCUUGAGAUUUGCCAACCAGGCCAAGAAUAUCAUGAACGCACCAAAAGUGAACGAGGAUGCGAAUGUGAAAUUGAUUAAAGAACUCCAGUUUGAAAUACAGACUCUGAAGACAAGAUUGAAGAGUGGCACCGUACCUAGUUCUUUGGGAGUUGAUAAGGCGGAGAAAAAACUGCAAGAAAAUGAAGAUCUCAUGAAGCGACUAACAGGCAUUUGGGAGGACAAGUGGAGCAAGACUCAAAAACUUAUUGAGGAGCGAGCCCUUGCUGUCACUGAGCUUGGCUCUGCACUGAAGUUUGAGACAGAUGAACCUCACUUUGUGAGUCUUGGCGGAGGGCGGCUUAGUAUUGGUGUGACACUCUGUCCAAUCAAAAGAGGAAAAACAGUUAUCGGUGUUGCAACAGAGACAUGCAAACCCGACAUUCAACUAAGAGGAAAAGGAAUAGAACCAGACCACUGCACAGUGGAAUACAAUGGGGAUGCAGUGGUUCUUUAUCCCAAAGGAAAUCUGUGUUCGGUGGAUGGUAUUCCCAUCUCAGAACCAACCAGACUACCACAAGGUUGUAUGAUCUGCCUGGGAAAGUCUAAUUACUUUCGGUUCAACCAUCCCAGAGAAGCCAAGAGGAUCAAGGAAUCCAACCCUGGAAAUCGAUUCUCUAUCGUUCCGGAUCAGUAUUUUCCUGAUGUGGAACUCGCCAUUGAGCAGUACAAGAGAGACAAACAAGAGAGAGACAGACUCGAGAAGGAAAACGAACGUUUGCUGUCCCUGGAAAACGAGUACAAGGAGGCUGUGGAGCGAAUCGAAUUUGAAAAAUCCCAACUUGAAGAAGAACGGCAAAAGCUUCAAGAAAUGGAAGAGCAGCAUAAGGAAGCUGUUGAUAGCUUUGAAGACGAAAUAGCUGUUCAAAUUAAAGAACUAGAGAGACAGCGAGAAGAGCUACAGCAUUUUGAGGAAGAGAAAGAAAAACUUGCCAUGCUACAAGAAAAGUACGAAGAGAAUGUAAAGAAGCAAGAGCUCGAACGGGAAAACAAGGAAAAGAAACGGCAGCAAGAGUACGAACGCUUGAAGACGAUGAAAGCGAAGCUAGAAGGAGAAGAAGGAACCGAGAAGGAGAGAGUCGCUAUUGAGGAAUUGAGGCAACAACUUGCGCUUCAAGAGUUGAACAGUUUGGAAGAGGAGCUGCAAACGUACGAAAGACAGCAGCUUGAUAGUGAACUGAUAGAGGAAGAAAGGAAAAAACUUGACGAGAUGAAGGAACGACAAUCUGUGGUAAUAAAACAGUUGGAAGAAGAACUGAAUGCCCAAAUCAAGAUGUUGAAAGAAGAAAGAGAAAAGGAGAAUUCCAGAAUUGAACAGGAAAAGCAAAGAAUUCAGAUGUUGGAGAAACAGCAACAAGAAGCUAUGAAACAGAUUGAGCUCGAACGACAACGGCUUGACCAAGAACGUGAAGAAGAGAAGACGAGACUUAAACAGGAACGCGAGCGAUUGGACAAAUUAGAAGAAGAAAGAAUGGAACUGUUAGAAAAUGCAGCUCGAGAGCAGGAACAAGAGAAACAAAUGAUCGAAUCUGAGAAAAAGCGACUCGUGGAGCUGGAAGAAAAGCAUGCUCAGGCCAUGAAGGAAAUCGAAGACGCCAUGAUUUCCAAACAGGAUAAAAUGGAACGCGAACGGCAAAUUGAGUUCGAGUUCUUCGAAACUGAACAACUUUUGUUGGAAGAGUUGGAGCAAAAGCAGCGCGAAGCCGCCGAGCAGCUUGAGCGAGAGAGAGAGAUAAUUCGACAGCAAUUCGAAAAAGAAAGAGAAGAAGAAAGAAAACAGGUUGAAGGUGAACAAAGGCGCCUUCAAGAAUUACAGUUGCAACAGCAGGAGACAUUGCGACAAGCUGAAGAAGAAAGGCGACGGCUCCAAGCGGAACUUAAGAGUCAGCGAGAACAGAUGCAGAAGGAAAAGUCACGGUUGGUGAACAUGGAGAAAGAGUACAAGAAGAUCAGAUGCAAUGGCUCUGAAGCACCUCUGGUUCUUUCUGCGCUAAACAUGCGAGAUAUAUCGCAGCUUGGAAAAGGUUGCUCGCUUGAGGAGAGGAAACAACGCCUGGAGGAGGAGAAAAGACGGCUGAUUGAGUUGAAGAAAGAAGCAGAAAACCUGCACGCCAAACAGCAAGAGAGCAGUGAUAGUGGAAGCAGUGGAGACGAGAGAGCUAAAAACCAAACGGCCAAAAAGCUACAACGAGAAAAGGAACGAAGGGUUCAACUCGAGAGACAAUUGGCUGAACUGCUGGAGAAAAACAACAAAACGGUUGUCGCAGACGAUGGUCAGAAAGUGAAAGAGCUUGAAAAAGCUCUUGGAAUGGAACGCUCGAGAAGACAGGAGAUGGAAAGAAUUCUAUCGGAGAAACAAAAGCAGGAAGAACUCGAAAGGGUUGCCGCAGCGGAGAGAGCCAGGAAAGAGAUGAUGACAGAGAAAGCUAUUCAAGAGAGGCUUCCUGCUAAGGUCAAAAAUGGAACGUCACACCAUGACAGCAAUGAUCUCAAUCUCGUCCAGCACCUGGUUGCAACCGGUCACGUGCUAGAAAACUGUCCAUCAGUGCGCGUCACAGCGCACGCGUGUAAAGGAUACUUGUCAAAACUGGGAGGAAAGAUAAUCAAGUCAUGGAAGAAACGCUGGUUUGUGUUAGACAGACAAAAACGUGCCCUUUGUUAUUACUCCGAUGAACAUCAACGUGUGCCUAAAGGAAUCGUUUACUUUCAAGCCAUUCAAGAUGUGUACGUAGAUUCGCCCAAUUCACACAAAAGCUCUUCUUUAAGGACUACUUUUUGCGUAAAGACUCCACAAGAAACUUAUUGCGUUGCCGCGCCAAGUGGCCUGGCGAUGAGUGUAUGGAUUGACGCUAUUCUCACGGGUCGGGAGGGGGUUGACUUUUACAACUAAACAAGC